AUGGAUGCCGCUUUAGAACAGAGUCGUUUGAAUUACCUAAGCUGCAAACUUGCCGAAAUGUUCUCUGCCAAAGAGGACGGAACGUCAUCCUCGCCACAGGUCGAAGCAGAGCCUGACAUACCUCUAAAGAAGUUCAACGUCUCUGGUCGCCGUGUAAAGUUUGUUGAUGUAUCGCAUGUGCUAGGGUCGCAUUCAGCCGCUCGGCCUCAGUCUUCGCGAUCGAUUCUCUGGGCUGUAGAGAAGCCGUUGCGGCAAGGUCUAAGGUGUAGGUUCCCCUCGCCCUUGCUUGCAGCCAUGCAACAAUAUUUUCAGUGGUUACACAAUGUGUCCCUCUGCAAAAUGCCUAGUCAGGAUGCCAACGUACUCCUCCAGGAGCUGCUGAAGCAUUUAGGUCUGCUUGAACUUUCUAGAGAGACGCAGAACUACAUCAAGCUUAAAUUACAAUUGUUCUUGGACAAUAAGCUGAUUGCUGCUUCGCACAGACGGACUCAUGGCGAGCGGCGGCUGGAGGAGUUGGCGGAUCGUCAGCGGCGACGUGUAGAGCUAAUGGAGCGCCAGGCGGUAGAUGCAGAGCGAAUGCUCAAUUUACGGGACUCGAGAGCCUUUCAUCGCCUUCUUCUCAGUGAACUGCGGGAACGCAGACGUAUGGAGGUACUUGACCGAUACUUCUGUCUUCGUCACGACGAACAUCUCCGUGCGCUCGCAGCAGCUCGCAAGGCUCAAGAGGAACAUAUUAUCAAAGAGGCGUUCGACGCUGCCUUGGAGAAAGCACGCCAGAACAGGAUUGAGAGGAAUAAUCUGAUGUGUGAAGCUAAGAGAAGGGAGCUUGAAAUGCAGGAUCUUCUCAUCACAAAUCUCGAGAAUCGACACAAAGAAUGCAUUGCGCUUUUACAAGAUGAACAAAGUAAGUGUUUGGACGAUAUGGAUCUCCAAGCAAAGUCCAACAAAUUGGAUAAUUUGCGAGAAAAAAUGGAGCUCCGUCGACAGUUAACGCAACAGAUUAAGGAAUUGGAAGAAACUCUUCUAAGUCAAGUGGAACCGCGAGGCCUGCGGGAGCGUAACGAAACUCACGGUCACCGCAAUUGGUCAAACUAG